AUGAUUUCAGAUUUGUUCUUUGGGUACAAUACCAUAUCCUUUGAAUCUUGCUUUACCCAGCUUUUUACUGAGCACAUUUUUGGUGGAUCAGAGAUAUCCCUUCUGUUGGUGAUGGCCUAUGACUGCUAUGUGGCCAUUUGUAAGCCCUUGCAUUAUUUGGUUAUCAUGAGUCAAAGGGUGUGUGUUGUUCUACUGGUACUUUCCUGUAUUGGAGGUUUUCUGCACUCAAUUAUUCAACUGAGCUCUAUACAUGGGCACCCCUUCUGUGGCCCCAAUGUCACUGAUCACUUUAUGUGUGACAUGUUCCCCUUGUUGAAACUCAUCUGCACUGAAACCUAUAUCAUUGGCAUUUUCUUGGUGGCUGAUGGAGGAAUGAUCUGCAGUUUUGUGUUUCUUCUCUUACUCAUCUCCUAUGGAGACAUCUUGCACUCUCUAAAGAAACUGAGUCAGGAAGGGAGAUGA